AUGGAUUCUACACAUUUCAAAAAUAAAUUUAAUGCUUAUGACGGCGAUAUGUAUUCUCAAUAUGAUUAUCAAUUGGAUGGAGCUAAAGAAGACCCAGAAGAGAUUCUCAGACAAGCAUUAAGGUCAUCUUAUAGCAGAAGAGCCUCAAUGUCCACCAAAGCAUCAACAGGUCUGCCACUGCCAUUUGCUACAACACCACAAAUUAAAGAUCCACAUGCAUUGGUUUUAAGACCAGAAAGCUCUAGAAGUGGAUCAGAGACAUCAAAUAGACCAGCAACAGCUGUACGAGGUGCUGGUUAUACAUCGCAUUCAUCUACUUAUGAUGUUUUAAGUCAGCCUUCAAGAAGUAUGAUCAUGUCUGAACCGAACAAAGAAGAAAGGGUGGAAGAUAAAAUAAAAAAACUGGAAAAGCGUAUUUAUGAUUUAGUAGAUGAAGCCUGUAUGGCUGAAUCUAGAGGUGAUUUUCAGUUGGGAUUAGAUAAGGCAAAGGAUGCAUCAAAUAAGGAAAGGAGUUUAAUUAGAAUGCAAGAACAAGCUGGGUUGAAUGAUUCUCACAAUAUUGAUUUAACGUUUUUGGUUUUAUUUACAUUGGGUAAUCAAUAUGCUGGAAAUGAAAUGUAUACAGAAGCUUUAAAUACAUACCAGGUAAUCUCUAAAAAUAGAUUGUUUCAAAAUGGUGCACGAAUGAGAGUUAAUGUAGCAAAUAUUUAUGAAAAAAUUGGACAACCUGAAAAAGCGAUUAAAAUGUAUCGUAUGGCUUUAGAUCAAGUUCCAAAUACUAAUAAAAGUUUUAAGCGAGCUAUUACACAUAAUAUUGGUGUUGUAUUUUUAAAACUUGGUAAAUAUGAAGACGCUUGUUCAAAUUUUGAGUAUAUUAUGCACGAAAAACCUACAUUUAAGGCAGGAAUGCACGCCUUAGUUUGUUAUUAUAUGUCGGGUAAUAAAGAAAAAUCUAAACAUUUAUUUAAACAAAUAUUAGAAAUAUCGCUGGACAUAGAUUUUGAAGAUAAGUACGCUGCACAUUCUGACGAAAUUGAAGCUACACUCCUAGCAGAAGCUAUAAAAUCCGAUCCACUCACUAAAUAUGAAAAACAAAUUAAAUCAAAUUUUGAAAAAACAAUUUUGAAUGCUGCACACCUGAUAUCUUCAAUUAUCGAAGAUACGUUUACUGAAGGUUACUCUUGGUGCUUAGACACUAUUAAAACAUCACAUUAUUCAUACUUAGCAGGUCAUUUGGAGAUAAACAAGGCAGUAGGAUUUUUAUACCAAAAUAACAUUGCACCAGCGAUUGACACUCUCAAAUCAUUUGACAACAAGGACAACAAAGUAGCGAGUGCAGCUGCUACAAACCUUUCUUUCAUACACUUCUUAAAAGGUGAUUUAGAACAAGCAGAGAGAACUUCAAUCACAGCACGUGAAUCAGAUCCACACAAUGCUUUGGCAUAUGUUAAUCAUGGCAAUUGUUAUUUUGUCAAACAAGACUACUACAAGGCAAAAGAACUUUAUACACUAGCACUCGAGAAAGACAUGAUGUGCUCAGAAGCUAUGUACAACUUGGGCUUAACUAAUAAGCAACUUGGACAUUUGGAUGAUGCUAUUGAUUGUUUUCAAAAGUUGCAUGUCAUUAUAAGUAAUCACCCAGAAGUAAUUUAUCAAAUUGCACUUUUAAAUGAAAUUAUUGGAGAUCUUGAACAAGCCAUUGAAUGGUACUUACAAUUAUUAAGUAUAGUUCCUGAUGAUGUUGGUGUUUUACAAAAAUUAGGCGAUAUUUAUGAAAAUAUUAAUGACAAACAACAAGCAUAUCAUUAUUAUUAUGAGUCAUACCGUCAUUAUCCUUCUAACUUAGAAGUAUUGGAUUGGUUAGGAGCUUAUUUUGUUGAAAUGAAAGUUCCAGAAAAAGCAAUAGAUUACUUUGAACAAGCUUCUCUAAUGCAGCCUGCUGAACCAAAAUGGCUUAUGUUAAUUGGCUCAUGUUACAGAAGAGCUGGGAAUUUUCAAUUAGCUCUACAGACCUAUAAAGAUAUACUGAACAAAUUUCCAGAUAAUACAGAGUGUCUCAAGUUAUUAAUAAGAAUAUGUACAGAUUUGGGACUAAAAGAAGCUUCAGAAUAUAGUGAAUUAUUGAGGAAAGCUGAGAAAGCCAAAGACAUUAGAGAACGUAUAAGUACAGCUCGUACUGGGUAUCGCAAAACAAUGGAAACUAGAGGUGGAACUGGUAUGGUUACAACAUCAAAUUCAACUGACUAUGCUCAAAAACCUACAGCUUCAGGAGAAACAAAUAUCUAUGUUCACGAUAGCCCAAAAGACCCAAAUUUAGUUAGUGCUUCAUCUCAACGACCACGAACAUCGAGAGGAGGAACUGCUAUGAUUGCUACAUCAAUGCCUUUAACUAGUGCAUAUUCACGUCAAAAUAUUUCAGAUGAAAUGAAUAUUUAUGUCCAUCAAGAACCAAAAUCGACUAACGAAAUGUAUAAUGAUCCAUUAGGAUCCUUACAAAGACCACGUACAUCUACAUCAAGACCUAUUACAUCAUUGGAAAAGGAAUUUGCAGAUGAACAAGUUCAAGACCUUUUACCAGAAUAGUUAAUAUAUUUAGCACAUAUAAUAUAAUUUGUUUUAUUUACAUUUUUGCACAAAAUAAAAUUUGUUAAUUU